AUGCUUACUACAACUGGUUUGCAACGACAUGAAAGUUUGAAACAUUAUAAUUAUAAGGAAAUUCCUGAACAUAUUUUGUCAGUUCCAGAAUAUGAAUUGCGUCAUAUCAAAAAUGCUAUAGUAAAAGAGUAUUCUGUUUGUGGGGGUUGGUAUCAAUGUUUUUUUGAUGGAGAAGAAGCAAUCGAUCAACUAACAAAAAUAUUUAGAGAUAAUCAAUGGGCAGAAAGAAAUUACAGAAAUGGACAAUUAUUGUGGAUUAAAUUAUAUGAAAAUGAGUUAAAUAAAAUCAAAGAAAUGAACAAAGCUGCAUCAAAAUCAAAAUUUAAAUCAAAAAAAAUUUUUCAUUUAGAAAAGGGAUUAUUAAUCGAAUGGCGAAUAAAAGGAUUUAGUGACAAGGCAAAACAUCAUUGUGAAAGUGGUGAAGUAAAAUUUAGAUUUGUAGUUGAUCAAGGUCAGUUUUAG